CCUUCAGCCAAUCCUUAGGUCGCUGGUUCGAAUCCGGCAGGUCGGAUCUCUUUUCGAUCAUAUUUUCAUCAUUUCUUGCUUUUGCUUUUUCAAUUUUGCUUUUGAUAUAUUUGUUAUCUCAAAUCAAAAGAGGAAGAAGAUUUCAUUAGGUAAAUAAUUUUUCUUCCAUUCAUAAGCAAAUCAAACAAUUAGCGAAGCGAUAACGCCAAGUCCAACUGCUUAAAUCGUUUCUUUCUAUCACUCAGCUGCUUCAAUCCACGAAUAAUCAAAAGAAGAAAAAUGGCAAAUCCAUUGAAGCUGUAUUUGACUUGCGUAAGGAAUACUCUUGAAGCUACUAUGUGUCUCCAGAAUUUUCCUUGUCAAGAAGUUGAGAGGCAUAACAAGCCAGAAGUUGAACUAAAGACUAGCCCGGAACUUCUACUCAAUCCUGUUUUGAUAUGUCGAAAUGAGGCCGAAAAAUGCUUAAUAGAAACAUCUAUCAAUUCACUACGGAUAAGCCUCAAGGUAAAACAGGCUGAUGAACUUGAAAAUAUACUAGCUAAAAAGUUUCUUAGAUUUUUGUCAAUGAGGGCAGAAGCAUUUCAAGUUUUGAGAAGAAAACCAGUACAGGGUUAUGACAUCAGUUUCCUUGUCACAAACUACCACUGUGAAGAUAUGCAGAAAAAAAAGCUCAUCGAUUUUAUUGUGCAAUUCAUGGAGGAUAUCGAUAAAGAGAUAACUGAAUUGAAAAUGUCGAUCGCUGGUCAAGUAAAGCGACAUAAGUACAGUCGGAGGCUCCCCACUGAAGGUUGGAACUUCACAGUGGAGAAAAUGGGCGCAAAAGGAAAACGCGGAGAUGGUGGCGGGUGGAAGUUUGUAAGUUUACCAGACGGAUCUAGUCGACCACUCAAUGAGGUGGAGAAAAUGUACGUAAGACGAGAGACACCACGUCGAAGACGCAGAAUUCUCCCAUGAUGAUCGUUUUGCCACCAUAUACAGAUCGUGGUUGUCCUCGACGUGUUCUGCGUGUAUGGUUUAGAGUCCGAGCUGGUGUCAUUUUAAUAUCCGAAAGGUCAGCAUCUUCUAGGAACAAACAGAUACGGGCCAUUAGCACUUUAUGCUGAUUUUGAAGUUCAAUU